GGCCGCGUCCCCGCUUUCGGGACCGGGAGGCCCGAGUCGAGGGCUCGGGAGCGCCAGGAUGGCCGCUAGGCGCCCGGGCAAGCCCAGUUGAAAAGCCCGGGCGGGUGCGGACCCGGGGUCCUCCUUGGAGCCGAGGCGCGGGGAGUCGCGUUCAGCGCUGCGGGAUAACCGCGCCGGGCGUCAGGCCGGGCCUGAGAGCUGCGAGCGGCCCGCGGGCGCGGGGACCUCCUUCGCGGUGCUGGGUCCGCGCUGCAGCCUCCACCGCGGCCGGAUUGUGUAGAAUCGCGUCCUCCCCUUGGACGCGAAGCUGAGCCCGCUGUCUGGAGCGUGGGAGUCGCCCUUAGAUUUCUGCAUAACGCGGCAGAGCAGCCAGCCUUGCUCUAGUUGUACUCUAAAUAAAUACUUCUUAAAGGGCCUCUCACCCGCGUAGCUCUGUCCUCUGCAUAUACGAGUAAUGAAAAUUCCGUAAGAGGAUAAAGCUUCUCACAGGAGCCACGAGCAUUCCUAAAUUACUUAGCAAAUGACUGCCUUUGCAGCCUUUUGUUUAACUAUAUUUUAAGCGAAAUUUGGAGAUAUAUAUAGAGCAUCUCCUUGAAGAUGGUGAUGGUAGAAAUUUAUUGAAACUGCUACUGUUGUUAUUUGUCAUGGGCUGUUAUAGAUGUUCUGGUGAGGACCACAGAAUCAUCAUCAUGGCUUUCCUUUGCUCAGAAACCAUUGAUGGGAAGUGAGUGCUUGUUAUACUUGAAGAUUUUCAGUGAAUGGACCUAACUGCACUCUUUGAGAUCAUCAAUAAGCAUGAGUGGUACCAAACCUGAUAUAUUGUGGGCACCACACCAGGUUGAUAGAUUUGUUGUAUGUGACUCAGAACUUAGCCUUUAUCACGUGGAAUCUACUGUGAAUUCAGAAUUCAAAGCUGGAUCUCUACGUUUAUCUGAAGACUCUGCAGCUACAUUACUCUCAAUCAAUUCAGAAACACCCUAUAUGAAAUGUGUUGCCUGGUAUCUCAAUUAUGAUCCUGAAUGUCUCCUAGCAGUUGGACAAGCAAAUGGUCGAGUUGUACUUACAAGUCUUGGUCAAGAUCAUAACUCAAAGUUCAAAGAUUUGAUAGGAAAAGAGUUUGUUCCAAAACAUGCACGACAAUGCAAUACUCUUGCAUGGAAUCCAUUGGAUAGUAACUGGCUUGCUGCUGGUCUAGAUAAACAUAGAGCUGACUUUUCAGUGCUGAUUUGGGACAUCUGCAGCAAAUACACGCCUGAUAUAGUUCCCAUGGAGAAAGUAAGACUUUCGGCAGGUGAAGCUGAAACAACAUUAUUAGUAACAAAACCACUUUAUGAAUUAGGACAGAAUGAUGCUUGUCUCUCUCUUUGUUGGCUUCCACGAGACCAGAAACUUCUCCUUGCUGGUAUGCAUCGUAACCUAGCCAUUUUUGAUCUUCGGAAUACAAGCCAAAAGAUGUUUGUGAAUACAAAAGCUGUUCAGGGCGUGACAGUAGACCCAUACUUCCAUGAUCGUGUUGCUUCCUUUUAUGAAGGUCAGGUUGCAAUAUGGGAUCUUAGGAAAUUUGAGAAGCCAGUUUUGACUUUGACUGAGCAACCAAAGCCCUUAACAAAAGUAGCAUGGUGUCCAACUAGGACUGGUCUGCUUGCCACUUUAACAAGGGAUAGUAAUAUUAUUAGAUUAUAUGAUAUGCAGCACACACCCACUCCCAUUGGAGAUGAAACUGAACCCACAAUAAUUGAAAGAAGUGUGCAACCCUGUGACAAUUACAUUGCCUCCUUUGCUUGGCAUCCAACAAGUCAAAAUCGAAUGAUAGUUGUAACUCCCAACCGAACGAUGUCUGACUUCACUGUUUUUGAAAGGAUCUCUCUUGCCUGGAGCCCAAUUACAUCUUUAAUGUGGGCUUGUGGUCGUCAUUUGUAUGAAUGUGCGGAAGAAGAAAAUGAUAAUUCUUUAGAAAAAGAUAUAGCAACAAAGAUGCGCCUUCGGGCUUUAUCGAGGUACGGACUUGAUACAGAACAGGUGUGGAGAAACCAUAUUUUAGCAGGAAAUGAAGAUCCACAGCUCAAGUCACUCUGGUAUACUCUGCACUUUAUGAAGCAGUAUACAGAAGAUAUGGAUCAGAAAUCUCCAGGCAACAAAGGAUCAUUGGUUUAUUCAGGAAUUAAAUCAAUUGUAAAAUCAUCUUUGGGAAUGGUGGAAAGCAGCAGACAUAAUUGGAGUGGGUUGGAUAAGCAAACUGAUAUUCAGAAUUUAAAUGAAGAGAGAAUCUUAGCUUUACAGCUUUGUGGGUGGAUAAAGAAAGGAACGGAUGUCGACGUGGGGCCAUUUUUGAACUCCCUUGUACAAGAAGGGGAAUGGGAGAGAGCUGCCGCUGUGGCAUUGUUCAACUUGGAUAUUCGACGAGCAAUCCAGAUCCUGAAUGAAGGGGCAUCUUCAGAAAGAGGUGAUCUGAAUCUUAAUGUGGUAGCAAUGGCUUUAUCGGGUUAUACGGAUGAGAAGAACUCGCUUUGGAGAGAAAUGUGCAGCACUUUACGAUUACAGUUAAACAACCCGUAUCUGUGUGUCAUGUUUGCAUUUCUGACAAGUGAAACAGGAUCUUAUGAUGGAGUAUUGUAUGAAAACAAAGUUGCCGUACGUGACAGAGUGGCAUUUGCUUGUAAAUUUCUUAGUGAUAGUCAGUUAAAUAGAUACAUCGAAAAGUUGACCAAUGAAAUGAAAGAGGCUGGAAAUUUGGAAGGAAUACUGCUUACAGGCCUUACUAAAGAUGGAGUGGACUUAAUGGAGAGUUAUGUCGACCGAACUGGAGAUGUCCAAACAGCAAGUUACUGCAUGUUACAGGGUUCUCCCUUAGAUGUUCUUAAAGAUGAAAGAGUUCAGUACUGGAUUGAGAAUUAUAGAAAUUUAUUAGAUGCCUGGAGGUUUUGGCACAAACGAGCUGAAUUUGAUAUUCACAGGAGUAAGUUGGAUCCCAGUUCUAAGCCUUUAGCACAGGUGUUUGUGAGUUGCAAUUUUUGUGGAAAGUCUAUCUCCUACAGCUGUUCAACUGUGCCCCAUCAGGGCAGAGGUUUUAGUCAGUAUGGUGUCAGUGGCUCACCAACAAAAUCUAAAGUCACAAGUUGCCCUGGCUGUCGAAAACCCCUUCCUCGAUGUGCACUUUGCCUCAUCAAUAUGGGAACACCUGUUUCUAGUUGUCCUGGAGGCUCCAAAUCAGAUGAAAAAGUAGACUUGAGCAAAGACAAAAAAUUAGCUCAGUUUAACAACUGGUUUACAUGGUGUCACAAUUGCAGACAUGGUGGGCAUGCUGGACACAUGCUUAGUUGGUUCAGGGAUCAUGCUGAGUGUCCCGUGUCUGCAUGCACGUGUAAAUGUAUGCAGUUGGAUACAACAGGGAAUCUGGUACCUGCAGAGACCGUCCAGCCAUAAAAUGUUAUCCCCUAAAGAGGAACCUUCAAGUGUGGAGCUUUCUGAUAGAGGUCCUUCAUAGCUCAGAAACAUACCUCAAAACAAGUCACUCGUGACUUUCCUGUAAUGGGAAAAUAAAUCAUUCUAUCAAA